AAUGCGGGUGUUCUGCCACACCGCCGAGGAGGUAACAAGAGUAACAACCCGCGCAGGGAAGCCGUUCGCCUGAGGAUCUUACAGUACCUUUCCUGUCGUGGACUGUUCAUUUGCGACACAUGUGAUGCAUUCGCUUGCGCAGGAGAUAAAGGCAUUUUCCAAGACUAACUUGAGAAAGCAGUGCACCCGGGUGACCACAUUAAGUGGCAGGAGGAUCAUAGAAACAUGGAAAGGUUCCACGGUGCACGUAGUCGAAGACACUGUUCCGCCCGGGACUGCCUGUGGUUACGUGCAGGACAACACCUGGGAUCUCCAAGUUGGCCUUAUCCAGCCGCAUCUGCUGCUCGCCUCUCAAGAUGCUGCUCAGGACUUUGGCACGUUGAGGAAAUACAAGGUGUCACAUAUAUUGAAUGUCGCAUACGGUGUAGAAAACACCUUUCCUGAGCUGUUUAUUUAUAAAACAUUGAGUAUCCUGGAUCUUCCGGACACGGUCAUCACCUCAUAUUUCCAGGAGUGUUUCCAGUUCAUAGAGCAAGCCAAAGCAGAGAAAGGAGUUGUGCUGGUCCACUGUAACUCAGGAGUCUCCCGCUCCGCCGCGAUAGUCAUUGGAUACCUGAUGUCCACUGAUGGGCGGGCUUUCGAUGACGCCUUCGCCGCCGUGAAGCUGGCGAGGCCCGCCAUUUGUCCGAACCCUGGCUUUCUGGAACAGUUGAAAAAUUACAAGCCGCAGGCGGACGUUCAGAUCAACGGUGUCACCCACACUUGA